CCUCCACUCUUUCUCCUUCUCUUCAGUCAUGUCGCCGAUUCCAAAUUUUGAAGAUAUUAGCCAGUCUGUGUUUUUGAUACCCUACAGCUCUUUGGAUGACGGUCCUGAAGAAGAAAACGAGACGGAUUUGCGAGAGGCUCGUGAUGUCCUUGAAAAUGAUCUUGAGCAUGGCGAUAUCUUGAGGUGGGAGGCGUAUCAAUCCGCCUGGGCAAAAUGUCUUGACAAGCUUCAAACUAUCAUCCAGAAACUACAUGAGCCCGUUGUUGAGGCUAUUGCUGAAGAAAUCAAAAACGCGUACACGGAAACCUUUCCUGGGCUGCCAUAUCCUGAACUGCCUACCAUAACGAUAUCUAACCCUGCUGGUGGGACGUCGUUUCUCAAUGAACUCACCAACCAGCUCGAUCGCUCGAACGACGAAGCUGACCCUAGCUCAUUCGUCACACACCUGCAUCCUGCAGAAUGCUCCAAUAUCAUGGCCGGAAUGAAAAUGUUGAUCACCGGCUUUAUAGACAGGCCACCGGAUAAAGCAAAAACCCAAUUCAAAAGGAAACCAGCCACUUCGCUUGCAAACUAUGACAUUAAUCUUCUUAAUGCAUGGUUCGCGGCCGUUCGGAAUGACCGAGAACAGCGCAAUGCAAAAGUGCCGAGUCUAGUUGCGGUUUUGCACGACUUUGAGCAAUUUAACCCUUCUGUAAUGCAAGACAUUAUCGACAUCUGCAGUCUUCACAUCCCUCAACUUCCCCUUGUUUUCGUCAUGGCUCUCUCAUCGGCUCAAUCUCCUUCGUACCUGCAUGUUACGUAUCCUCGCUCGACUCUGGCGGUUCUACGGAUUAGGCAAUUCCACGUACCUUUCGGCUUGCAUGCCCUUGAAGAAAUGUUGCGGCAGACUUUCUUUACCACCACCUUCGACCCCGAUGUUAUGCUUGGUCCUGCCGCUCUCGGCUUCAUAGUUGACUACUACUCUCGAUACAAUUCCUCGUUGGAUUCCUUAUUGAACAUGUUCCAGCUCGUUUACUUGAAACAUUUCAUGAUCAACCCACUGUCUCCAUUAGUGAAGACUACUCCUGCGGCAGACAUACUAUCGGCAGUGGCAUCCUACUCCUUUGUAGAUACACUAUUUGGUCGGUUGUGCACCACCAAAACUUCAGAUGCCUGGCGUGAGAAACCACUGCCUACGUUGAUAAUAGCAGUCGAUGAAGCUCGCGAGGUUUUCAAUGCUUGCAUCAGGAAAUCGCGGCUCGGCUUCGAAUUAAUGAUAGUCGUCAACACAUCCUUGGCGAGCUUAGGAUACAAGAGUGUCGAACCGGAUGCGCAUCAUAGUACUGCUUUGUUAAGAAUUGCCAUUGAUCUUGUUAAAGGGCGAGCUACAAAGCACAUUGAGAUGCUAAGUUCUCUCAUCAGAAAACUGAAGUUCUCCGAAGUAUCAUCCUUCUUGGAUACCUUGCGGACCUAUUACCGCGAUGCACCCGCCCAUAUUCGGGACCAAGAGGGGAAGCACAAAGAACACAUUGACCAUUUCAUCGCUGGCUUACCACAAGAGGGCGAUGAUCAGUAUUCCGAGAAGAUGCGGCAGCUUGCCAUUGAUAUAGGAGAUUGGUUACUUAAUUAUCUUGAUGAACUUGUGCAGCCCCUUGAGGAACUCCCCCUAUGGGAAGUCUGGUCCACAGGUCAAACACCAUUUCCAAUGGAGCUCAUGAAUCCAUCGAUACGAGCUUCCACCGUCUCCGGUCUGCUCCGCUCCCAUGAGUUUAGCGAUUCCGCCAAAAAGCCGGAAGAAACGAAUCUAUGGGACCUUCCGGAUACUGGCAUUCUUUUCCAGCGAUAUCUAGAUAGUGGGAAGAUGAUCAACGUCUAUGACUGGUUUGAUUCUUUCCAGUCGGUUCUGGAGACUCAGCGCAGGGAGACCUCGGGUCCCAGAAAGGGGUCCCCGAGAAAACGAGGGAAGAAGAGUGUUGGUGGAGGCAAUGAGGGCAAGUGGAAAUUGCAGGUUCAGGCUAGAUUCAUCCGCGCAUUGCAUGAGCUUGAUUAUCUGGGUUUCGUAAAGCACACAGGGAGGAAGGCUGAUCAUGUUAUUAGGACCGUGUUCGAUGUUUGCGAUACGUAAUAUUG